ACAUCGAUUCUUCUGCGUGAUGUUGGGAAUACGGGUGUACCCAACACACGUGUCCAGUGUCCCAGUCAUUUUUUGGCAUUUUGUCCCACACAUUGCAACUUUAUGCACGCUCUCUUUACAUCAUGCCCUAGAGUUCACCCACCAUUGUCGAGUACAGUAGUCACCUUCAAUCUAUUCCCGCGAAUCUGCAAGAUGGAAAUACGAGGCGUCUGAAGCACCUAGCAGACUUGCAGAAGAAGCAAAAGUGGAACAGCAACGCUAUUUUCGAACCACACGGGUCAAAGGCUCUAAAAAAACGAUAUUCUACCCGUCCAGAUUCGGUCAAGUUGACCCUUGUAGAGGCGGGCCAGGGGCUAUUCUUUCUUCCGUUUCGAAAAGAAAUCCCAUGGUUGUCUUGGCACUCCUGUUUCAAAGUCCACUCUCCCACGCCUCCACCAAGCUUUCACUAUCUGCCAUACAUGCAGUGGAGUUGGCUCUUUAUUAGCGCCUCCUUCAUUUUUGUCUACUUGGCGUGCAUCUUUUUUUUAUUCCACACACCAGAUUUUUGCAGUUCCGGGUUUCGGUAUUUCAAGACUGCAACGAAACCUUUCUUCCAUAGUCGACAGCCAGUCGCGUUCGCUUGCAGAUUCACCCGCAGUAAAGCCUACCUCAGCGGCUAGUUUACUCUACAGCCAAGAUCAUGUUCCAUACAGGGGAAAGCACCCGCGUGAUCGCUCCGAUCGCCUCGUUGGAUCGCCUCUUCUUUCCUUCUCUAUCUCCCUCCAAUUGCAAUAUUGCAUUGCGUCAGGUGCAGACUUGCAGCCUGAGGGUGUGCUCUAGGGGGUUACUUUACUUAGCGUGCGCUGCCGAUCGUUGACUGCAUGGCAUUGCAACCAUCCCAUUAUUCGAUGGGUCACUAGUGUACGCUGGCGACGCUUUGAAAGAAACUGGUUGGCUUACUGCUUGAAGACCAAGCCGCGAUGGUUCUGGAUGGGGCGCAGAGUACGCCUUGAAAAUUCAUUGCCUACAAGAUCCCGCGGCUUCGGCAUACUCGUAGGGCACCGGUUCCUGGGCAGUGGAUGUCUGCGUUCCUUGUGAGGCCGACUGCCGACACUUGUUGUCGAUCCAGUGCUGCCCCUUGAUGAUGUCCAAGACUCCAAGUACCCGAAUGUAUUUGUGUAGAAUCGGAGUUUUCCCUGUGUUCGUCCCGUUGCUACGUACUCAGUAUGUUUGCCGGGUACAUGAUCGCGGAGAACCGUCACCACAAUCACCAUCGUCGUCAUCAAAGAUGCAAAAAGCUCCGUCAUGACC